UGAAAAGCUUGAAGUUGAAUUAAAAGCUUUGUAUGAAGAUUAUAUACAAAAAUUUCGUUACCUUGCAUAUCUUGAACAUUUAUAUGAAGAUGCAGCUAAAGCAGAACAAGAGAGAUUUGAAAGACGGCAAGAAGCAACGCGAAAUCAGUUGAAGAAGAUGAGAGCAGAAGAUGCUAAUUUUGAAAGUAUGAUGGAAGGAAAUGAUUCCAUAUUACCCUCAAACCUUCAAGAACCUCCACCUCCUCUUACCGAAACAGAAAAGCAAAGUACUGAAAAAACAGCUCCAAGCAGUCGACUAAAAUCAGCUGGCCGAUCAUCGAGAACGCAAAUAUCACAGCGUCGAAUUUAUGGUAGUAUGUCUGGACGUCGAAGAGGAACGAUUCAAGAAACAAAUGACAGUGGUGGUUCGCUAGAUAGCGACAGUGAUUUAUUAAUUGACGGUGAUCUAGACGAUGACGAUGACGACGACGAUGAUAUUUUAGACUCUGUAGGGAGAGCGGACAUUGGGAACUUUGAUCUGAAGGUCGGGCAAGAAAAACGAGCCGUUAGUAAGAUAGAUCAUUCGGACGAGGAUUUUUAACCAUUACAAAAAACAUUUACAAAAACUUGAAAAUAUAAUACCGUUCGUGUUAUUAUCGAUCAGUAUCCGCAUAUUUUUACAAUAAAUGUAAAUAGAUAUUAAUAAAAAGUAACAUAUACAUAUAUUUAUAUAUAUAUAUAUAUUAGUUGAUUGGGACCAAGAUAAUUUUGACGGUAGCCAAAAAUACUUAAGAUAUACAUAUACGAUCGUCGUUAAAUAAUUUAAUAAGUUCAUUAUUUAUAUAAUUGUACGCGUUGUUCCAAACUUGUGAAAUAUAUUUUCAAGGGAAUUAAAAUACGUAUUGUCAUCGUAUAAUAUUUAUUAACUUGUCCAACACGGGCCGGCGGCGUGUGUUGAUUGUGGUUCAGCACCGAUCACAUGUAUAUGUAUUUCACCUAUCCUACAUACUGUGUACGUAAAUAACACGUACAUGUUUUCUUGUGUAUACACAUAUAUACAUAAAUGUAUGUGCGUGUAAAAAAUGUGACCUUACGAAAGAAAUAGAAAUAGUUUGUCGCAUUUCAUUGUCGUACGCUCAAACAUGUAAGUUCCAUUUAGUUGAUGAAACUGCUCCCUUGAUUUUUCUUCAUUUUAUCACUGUGAAUACAAUAAUUAUCAUUUCUUUGUAAUAACAACAUUCAUUGAGAUUGCUCUGGUGUUAUUGGGGGUUCCUUUACAACGAAUCAGAUCUAAAAAUGAACAACUUGGAAUGUAACUAAUUGGUCAGAUCGAAACUACGUGUAAACGGCGUUUUUCAUUUUCCUUUAAAAACAUUACACGUCCUAUGCAUUUGCUAUAGAUUAAAUACUAGUUGUUCUAGAUAUACAUUAUACAUACAUAAACUACGACUAGGUAUUCAUCCUAUAGAUAUGCGUACGUUUUCUUUUUAUACGUUGUGCGGAUUUAUAGGUGUCGAAAAGAAUGUAUCAACAAGACAACAACUGUAAUAUCAAGUCUCAUGUUAGAGCCACCAAUAUAGACCGGAGCAUAGGCCCUGCAUAACAACUUGCGUAAAUCUACACCUGGGUGCAACAUAGGCUUUCGUUGGUUAAGGGUAAAUGUAGGAGAAGGAGCCUUCCAGUCUUGGCCUUUAGUCUUCGGAGGGCCAGACAGAGCUACAGAUAGCCAGAACUUAAAUACAUGGACAACUAAGGCGAGUAGUAGGAUACUCCUUCCUCAUCACUUCCAGUUAACUGAGAGAAGCCUAAAUUGCACGCAACUGUACACUCACAUGCAUAAAGGAUUCACUUUGGUAGAAAGAAAGUAUAAAAGAAAUCCAGAAAAUAAUAGGAGAUUCUUACUAUUCCUUUUCUUGCCCUUUUCAAAACUAUUGAAACAAUAUGUCACAAUCAGUAUAUUCUCUGGGAUAUUCCUAACUUUUCUGUCAUAACUGAGGCUUAAACUGUUGAGUUAUAAACACACAUAAUCACACUAAAAGACUUUACAUCACAUAUCCCACAUUUCUUAUUACUUAUUUCAUCUCUAAACCUAUGCUGAACCCAUUUGUUUUUAACCUUGAAAAGGUUAACAGAGAGAAACCUACGCAUGUGAGUGUAUCAGACAAGAGUGAAGAUUCAAUGAAAGAUCUUCUUCUGUGUAUUCAGCAUUUGUGGCUAGUUUGAAAUUCAGUGAGUAUUUUUGGUUGUAUUAGUGACUAGCAUCAUAUAAUUUGUUGUUAAUCUUCACUCUCAUCUGCUAGGACUAUAUGUCCAUGUAGUUGGAACAAAAAUAAACUCUUAAGUAAAUAUAUGUAUAAAAACAUGAAUGAAGCACCAUAUAGCGUAAAACAGGCAUGACCAAGUGCCUUCUCAUAGACAUUUAUAUGAUUUUCAUUACUAGAUCAAUCAGUCUAUAUUACUACAAAUCAGCUUGCACAUUGUAUCUCCACAUUUUCAAAUUUUCUGAUUUGGGAACUCAGGAGUAUGAAAUCUGGAAAAUUUGUUAAUUGUUAAGA